AUGGAGUCCCAGUACGGUCACAUGGGGCUGAUUUACAUGCCCAUUGCGCAGAAGGAUCUGGAUCGUGGAGUUGAUCUAGCUGUGUGGCAGAAUAUGACGGACUUCCUCACAAAGCUGCCGGCCCCCCGCUCGGGGGGUCUGACUGUUGCGGACUCCACUCUUGCUGCCUACACAAUGCCGGGGGCGCAGUCACGAUUGCAGAAGAGCCAAAAAGCCCCUGCGAGAGAGAUCCCGCCAUACUUGCAUCGCCAGGGCUUCAUUCCACGAUGUGAAGAGGACUUUGGUGGCGGCGGCGCCUACCCAGAGAUAUUUGUGGCGCAAUACCCGCUAGGCAUGGGCAAGGAGUCUGAUAAUGCCUCCUCGGGUUCAACUCUUUCGCUGCAAGUGGGGCCAGACGGGCGACUUGCAUAUGACCUGGUAGUGCGUCAUGGCUCGAAGAAGACUGUGGUUUACACCCGGCCGGAAAGCGCACACGGCCUUCAAAUGCAGGGCCCCGAGGCUGCACUGGAAGCAGCAAUGGCCCGUGAACGUCCGGGCAAAGAAGAAGAGGAAAAAGAGCUUCAAAGGACGAAACAGGCGAUUGAGAAGGAGCUGGAAAAGAAGAGCAACGCUGGCCGCGCCCAGCCACAGCAGAGGGAGGCCGAGUUCGUGCGGUACACUCCUGCGAAAUUGGUUGAGGGCCACAACAGUGGCUGUGCACAGCGACUGCUGCGUCUUGAAGAUGUAGCAGUUGACCCGUUGGACCCUCCUCGGUUUAAGCACAAGCGCGUACCUGCAGCCCGAUUUUCCCCACCUCCUCCCGUCCUCCAUUCCCCUACACGAAAGCUCACUCUUCAGGACCAGCAGGAUUGGAAGAUCCCGCCUUGCGUCAGCAAUUGGAAAAACCAGAAGGGGUACACCAUUCCUCUUGAUAAGCGCGUUGCUGCUGACGGCCGGAACCUCCAGGAUGUGUCGGUGAAUGACAAAUUCGCGUCCCUUUCAGAGGCUCUGUACAUUGCCGAGCGCCAAGCGAGAGAAGAAAUUCGUCUUCGAAAUGAAGUGAAGAAGCAGAAGAAAAUCCGCGAGGAAGAACUCAGAGAACAGCAACUUAGACAGCUUGCCGCACAAGCCAGGGCGGAGAGAGCCCAACUGCUUCAACAGUCUAGGCGUGCUGCCGCCGGCGAUGCAGAGGAGGAAGCGGAAAGACAGCAAAGAGAACAGAUUGCGAGAGAGAGAGAGAAGGACAUUGAACGUGCUGUUCGCCUCGAGAGAAGCAGAGGCAAGCGUCGCGAUGAUUCACAGCGUGAUAUCAGUGAACUUGUGGCGCUGGGUUUACCAGUGGACGCGAAGAAACAGAGGACGGACUCCAUGUUUGACACUCGACUCUUCAACCAAGGAGGAGGGACAGACUCAGGUUACAAGGGGGGAGAAGACGACACGGAUACAUUGUACGAUCGUCCUCUCUUCGCACAGCGCGGCGGCGCUGGCAUCUAUCAGUUCAGCCGCGACCGGUUUUCCACUUCUGUUGGGGAAGGCUCCGAGCUUGCUGCUUUUGCUGGUGCGGAUAAGACGCGGUACAUGAGGACAGGUCCAGUAGAAUUCGAAAAGGAUGUUUCCGAUCCGUUUGGUUUGGAUAACCUCCUUUCUGAGGCUCACAAGAAGUAG